AUGCGGCCGGGGCCCCCGCGCUGAGCCGCCUGGUGCCCGCUGCCCUUCCUCGCAGCCCCCGGGCCCCCGGCCCCGGCGGCACCAUGUCCAGCGCCCGGACCCCCCUGCCCACGCUGAACGAGAGGGACACGGAGCAGCAGCCGGCCCUCGGACACCUGGACGCCAAGCCCAGCAGUAAGGCCAACAUGCUCCGUGGCCGCAACUCAGCCGCCUCUGCUGACGAGCAGCCUCACAUCGGCAAUUAUCGGCUCCUCAAGACCAUCGGCAAAGGCAACUUCGCUAAGGUGAAGCUGGCCCGGCAUGUCCUGACUGGCAAGGAGGUGGCGGUGAAAAUCAUUGACAAGACCCAGCUCAAUUCUUCCAGUCUCCAGAAACUGUUCCGGGAAGUAAGAAUAAUGAAGGUUUUGAAUCAUCCCAACAUAGUUAAAUUAUUUGAAGUGAUUGAGACGGAGAAGACCCUUUAUCUUGUAAUGGAGUAUGCCAGUGGAGGAGAGGUGUUCGAUUACCUGGUAGCUCAUGGGAGGAUGAAGGAAAAAGAGGCCCGAGCCAAGUUCCGACAGAUAGUAUCAGCUGUACAGUACUGUCACCAGAAGUUCAUUGUGCAUAGAGACUUGAAGGCAGAGAACUUGCUCCUGGAUGCUGACAUGAACAUUAAAAUCGCCGACUUUGGCUUCAGUAAUGAGUUUACUUUUGGCACAAAGCUGGACACCUUCUGUGGCAGCCCCCCCUACGCAGCCCCAGAGCUCUUCCAGGGCAAGAAGUAUGACGGGCCUGAGGUGGACGUUUGGAGCCUCGGGGUCAUCCUUUACACGCUGGUCAGCGGCUCCCUGCCUUUUGAUGGCCAGAACCUCAAGGAGCUUCGGGAGCGGGUACUGCGGGGGAAGUACCGGAUCCCGUUCUACAUGUCCACGGACUGCGAGAACCUGCUCAAGAAAUUCCUCAUUCUCAAUCCCAGCAAAAGGGGCACUUUAGAGCAAAUCAUGAAAGACCGGUGGAUGAAUGUGGGGCAUGAGGAAGAUGAGCUCAAGCCAUAUGUGGAGCCAUUGCCAGACUACAAGGACCCCCGGCGGACAGAGCUGAUGGUCUCCAUGGGCUACACGAGAGAGGAGAUCCAGGACUCGCUGGUGGGCCAGAAGUACAACGAGGUGAUGGCCACCUACCUGCUCCUGGGCUACAAGAGCUCGGAGCUGGAGGGUGAGACAAUCACGCUGAAGCCACGGCCGUCGGCGGAACUGACCAACAGCAGCGCCCCGUCCCCGUCCCACAAGGUACAGCGUAGCGUCUCUGCCAACCCUAAGCAGCGGCGCUUCAGUGAUCAGGCUGGUCCUGCCAUCCCCACCUCCAACUCCUACUCAAAGAAGACACAGAGUAACAACGCAGAGAACAAGCGGCCUGAGGAGGAAAGAGAGUCUGGGCGAAAGGCCAGCAGCACUGCCAAGGUGCCCGCCAGCCCCCUGCCUGACCUUGACAGGAAGAAGACCACACCCACCCCCUCCACGAACAGCGUGCUCUCCACCAGCACGAACAGGAGUCGGAACUCCCCGCUGUUAGAGCGGGCCAGCUUAGGCCAGAGCUCUGUCCAGAACGGCAAGGACAGCCUAACCAUGCCGGGCUCGCGGGCCUCCACGGCCUCUGCCUCCGCCGCUGUCUCUGCGGCCCGACCCCGCCAGCACCAGAAGUCCAUGUCAGCCUCCGUGCACCCCAACAAGGCCUCGGGGCUGCCCCCGACAGACAGUAACUGUGAGGUGCCCAGGCCCAGUACUGCUCCCCAGAGGGUCCCUGUGGCCUCCCCCUCAGCCCACAACAUCAGCAGCAGCGGAGGAGCCCCAGAACGGACCAACUUCCCCCGGGGGGUGUCAAGCAGAAGCACCUUCCAUGCCGGGCAGCUUCGCCAGGUACGGGAUCAACAGAACCUGCCCUAUGGGGUCACACCUGCCUCUCCUUCUGGCCACAGCCAAGGCCGACGGGGGGCCUCCGGAAGCAUCUUCAGCAAAUUCACCUCCAAGUUUGUUCGAAGAAAUCUGUCUUUCAGGUUUGCCAGAAGGAACCCGAAUGAGCCCGAAAGCAAAGACCGAGUGGAAACCCUCAGACCUCACAUGGUGGGCGGCGGGGGCAGCGACAAGGACAAAGACGAGAACCGAGAGGCCAAGCCGCGCUCUCUGCGCUUCACCUGGAGCAUGAAGACAACCAGCUCCAUGGAGCCCAACGAGAUGAUGCGGGAGAUCCGGAAGGUGCUGGACGCUAACAACUGCCAAUGUGAGCUGCAGGAGAAGUUCAUGCUCCUGUGUAUGCAUGGGACCCCAGGCCACGAGACCUUCGUGCAGUGGGAGAUGGAGGUGUGCAAGCUGCCCCGCCUCUCCCUCAACGGCGUGCGCUUCAAGCGGAUAUCGGGCACCUCCAUGGCCUUUAAGAACAUCGCCUCCAAGAUUGCCAACGAGCUCAAGCUUUAACAGGCUGCCGGGGCGCCGCACCAGCCACUGCGGUGCCCCCACCCCAGGACCAGUGAAGGGCGUGUGCGCCCUGGGGCGGGGCUGCAGCUGGGCCUGCCCCCCCUUUCCUUUUCAGUUUUUUUCCUCCGCAUUUGUGGGGGAGGGAAGGUCGUUCCCCCCCACCCUAUGACCCCCUCAACAUGAGACAAGGAAUGUAGGGGGUUCUGGGGGCGGGGAACCCCCAGGUACUGCGGUUGCACAGAGUAUUUCGCCGAAACCAAGAAUUUUUUUAUUACCAAAAAAAAAAAAAUGCACCGGACACCUCCUUGCCCUUCUCCUGGGGUAGUUCAGACUGGAUUGAUGGCAUCUUCUCCCCUGGGAAUUGCUCAAGGCUGGAUCACCCUCUUCCCAGAGAGAAAAGGGGGAAAUUUGCUGCCCCUUUAUCCUCCCAACCGGGCCAGUUUGGGGUUUCGCCCUGCCUUCCGUCUUCUAAAUAAACCACCAGGGGUUGCCUUUCUAGA